AUGGGAGAGUCGCAAGACGAUCGUGCCGACUGCCCGACCGAAACCGCGAUCGACGAACUCGAGAUUCACGGGAUGACCUCCAUCGACGCUCGCGACGUCGAGAAGAUGACGCUAAAAGCUCCCUCAGAGACAGUCCUCGGCGUCUCCCUUCUCGAAGCCCAUCUGGAAAAGAUAGGAGUCACCGAGAUCGUGACAGCCACCGCCGAAAACGCCGAGACCGUUCUACAAGUGCCGACGAGGAUCGCCGACGAUACCGACACCGCAGCCAUCGACAGCGUGAAGACUGCGAUCGCGAUAGUGAGCCAUCGUCUAGAAGACACAGAAGUCUACGACGACGCUCCCGAUCUCCACGGAAAUCGCCCAGUCCACCCAAGGAAAUACAGCGACGUGGCCCUCUCCCUGAGAAGGAGAUGCCUACUCAACCGAAUUGACACAGUCGGGUGA